AUGGCAUCAAACAUAUCACAAAAAUCGUCUAUAGAUGUUGAAGACGAUCUAGCUGGCCAAUAUCAUAUAGUAUGGCUUGAUAAAAAUAUGAACAGCUUUUACAAUCGACGAAUAUUAAAAAAAUUCAGUGAAAUUGAUCGAGCACUAGAUUCGUUUACAAGUACAGAAGAAUUUAUUGCUUAUAUACGACAAGUAGAUGCCAAACAGACAAUAUCUUACAUUAUUUGUAUUGUAUCUGGUGCUCUUAGUGAAAAAGCAAUACCUGCCAUAGAAGAGUGCCAAUGCAUUUUGGGAAUUUUUAUUUUUUGUAAAAACAUUGACAAUUAUGAACAUUUGAAAUAUAAUAAACUUCGAGCAAUUUGUACAGACGCUGAUGAAUUAACGAACUGUAUUGAAAUGCUUAUAGCAAGAAGUAAUGUGACAACUGAUUUUAGUAUGAUGCCAGAUCAAUCCUCUAUAAAUUCAGAUUCAAUACCAACGAAAGAUAUGUCUAAAGAUCAACAUCCAAUUCGAAAUUUAAAAGAAGAUCAAGCAAGUUUUCUUUGGUUUAAUCAAAUGCAUAAAUUUAUGGUAACAUUGGAAAAUGAUGAUGAUAGAAAAGCGAAAACAGAAAUGAUUGAACAUAGUCUUAAACUGUUCCAUGGACAAAGUAAAAUGUUGAGUAAAAUCGAAGAAUUUAAAAGUCAAUCAUUGAUUGAAGAUAAAGAAAAAGCUAUUUUUGGUUAUACAGAUAAUUCAUUUAUUUAUCAAUGUACGAAUACCGUCUUCAGAAAAGAAAAUGUCUCACAAGUUUAUACUUGUCGUUACAUCAUUAAAUUACUUUGCCGUCAAUUGAAACAACAAUAUGAACAGUUCAUUAAAGAAUACAAUAAAAAGCCAAAAAGAAAAUCUUUACUUCAUCUCUAUCGUGGCCAAACGUUGAAAUCAGAAUAUAUUCAUCUUCUUGAAACAAAUAUCAAUAGUUUAAUAUCUCUCAAUGGAUUCGUAUCAACAACAAUGGACAAAGAUGUUGCAAUGAGCUUUAUUGUGCAUCGUAUGCAAAAAGAUUUGAAACCUGUUCUAAUGAAAAUCGAUAUUGAUAUGACAAGUGAACAUAGUGUAGCAUUUGCCGAUAUCAGUAGUUUUAGUAAAUUUCCACACGAACAAGAAGUUCUAUUGUCUAUUGGAUCAAUAUUUCGUGUUAAAUCAGUCAAAUUUAAUAAUGAACAAAAUAUAUAUAUAAUUCAUCUUUUAUUAAGCCAAUAUGAUCAAUUGACUGUUAUUAAAUAUAUUGAGCAAACGUAUGCGAACAACGUGGAUUCUGAUAAUCUAUCAGUUCUCUUCGGAAAAUUACUUUUUGAUAUGGGAAAAUGUGAGUCUGCAUUUAAAUAUUUCUCAGAUGCACUUGACCGUUUAUCGGAUAAUAAUAAUAGAAUUCGAGCAACUUACUUGAAUAAUAUUGGUAUAUGUUACAAUGAAAUGGGAAACCAACAUGAUGCAUUAAGAUAUUAUAAAAUGGCACAUGAAAUUUAUUCACAGAUAAAUAAUAUCCCUGGUGUGGGUACAUGUCAACAUAAUAUAGCCAGUAUCUAUUAUGGUCGAGGAGAUUAUAACAAAGCUAGUGUCUUGGCAUUGCAAGCACUGGAAAUUCGACACAAUGAUGUAGAACGAGCUUCAACACAUGAUCUUCUUGGUUGUAUUUAUUUAGCUUCAUCCAAUAAUGUCGAGGCCGCCAACGAUCAUUUUGAACAAGCUUUACGACUCCGAUUAAAAUCUUUGAGUGACAUUAAUCCUUAUCAUCCUGAUAUUGGUGUAAGUUAUCACAAUCUUGGUAAAAUCAAUGAAAAAAGAUCCGAACACUCAAAAGCUAAAAGAAAUUAUUCACGAGCCGCUGAAAUCUAUAACCAUAAUUUUCCACAAACACAUUCAUUAGUGACACAAAUUAACGAAUGUUUAAGACGAGUCCAAAAACAUUCUAAACGCUAA